GAGUCUGCAAAUGUCUUUUAUGGGGUUCCGUAGUUAUUUUCCGAGGAACAACUUUCACAUUGUCAGUUAUGAGCGAUAUGCUUUUGCAGAUUAAAGUAAACUAAUGUAGCGAGUCUUAAUUGUUAACCUAGUUGGACUGAUGCUUGUAUAUGUGCUGAUGCUGUAGUUCCUCCUCCACAGCAGAGAUGAGUGAUAUUCGGCAUGCAUUGCUGCGGCGCGAUCCGCUGAGCGCUGCUAAAGAGGUUUUGUAUCAUCUGGACAUCUCGCUGGGCAGUGCUCUGCAGAGCUCCGCUGGACCCCCGGCUGGACUAGAGAAGAGCACAGUGGAGCUGGUGGAAGAGUUCAUCUUUCAUGUCUCUAAAGACAGAAACAUUCAGUCAAAGAGGAUGAGCUGCGUUCAAGAGCUGCAGCUGCUGGAGAUCAUAUGCAGUUACUUCCAGGAGCAGAGCAAAGACGCCAUCCGACAGGUCAUUUUCUCGGCGCUCUUCAGUCUGCAAGGCAACAAGGCUGAUGAGAGCCGCAUGGCUAUGCUCGGGAAGCUGGUUUCUAUGUCCAUAGCUGUGUGUCGUGUGCCUAUACUAGAGUGUGCAGCUAUCUGGCUACAGCGCACACACUCUGCGUGGUGUGUGCGUUUGGCACAGGUGUUGAUGGAGGAUUACUGCACGCUGGUGCCCUGUGCCAUCUCUACCCUACAAAACAUCUGUUCAGCCAGCCCUCGCUUCUGCUGCCAGCUCAUCACUGCAGUCACGGCGCUCUAUGACUUCUCCACAGAUGAGUUGACUCCACCCCCUGCGCUCCUGGAAAUGCUGGUUGGUUGGAUCACAGAGGAUCCCAGACUUCUUUUGCUCACCUUCAUCAACAGCCCACUCAAUUCCAGCCUGCCGUUGGGUUGUCUCGAGAUCACUCCUCUUCUGGGUUUGCUGCGGUGGUGUGUCAAAGCUCCGUUAGCCUAUCACAGAGGCCGGAAGUCAGCUAUGACCAAUGGCCAUGGAGAUGGUGAAAAGGGGACGGCGUAUGAAGAGCUUUACUCCAAAUUACACCUGAGUGUUCUUCAAGUCUUUCUCAUGCUUCAGGUGCACCUGACCGAGAAGAAUAUGUUUUGUCGUCUGACUGUUCUUCCUGUGGAGUCUGUAGCCGCUCUGAUCGAGGAGGUCGGUCGUUUGUGUGAAAAGCUCGCGCCGCUUCUCGACGCCAGUCACAUUCAGCUGGCUCUGGACAGGCUGGCACAGGCUCUACAGGUCGCCAUGGCAACCGGAGCCCUUCUCUGCGCCAGAGAGGAUCUACGGGCUUUGUGCUCCAGACUGCCUCACAACAAUCUCUUACAGCUUGUAAUGUCCGGGCCAGUGGUUCAACCUCCUCCUCACAGCUCCCCCUUCCAGCCCAACAUGUACCCUCACAUCCACCCAGGUCGCCCGUCUCCUCUGUCCCCCCACAGCCCACACCAGUCCACCUUGUCCUCCCCUCACAGCCCUCACACUGUCCUGACAGCCCACCCCACACACCCUGCACUCGCCCCUCACCGCCCGCUGACGGCCCACGCCACACACCCGGCCCUCUCUCCACACGCCUUCCACCCCGCCUCCAUCGCCUUCCCCUACCGGCCCAUACGCUGAGCGGGACGUCCCGACUACUGGACUUCUGUUCAUGAGGUUUGAAUUGAUGUUGUUAUAAUGUUUGGUUUAGUCAUAUUAUAUGCGGGGAUGUACAAAUGUUUGGGAAGAUAAUCUGCUGGUCAAGGCUGCGUUUGUUUGAUUUAAGAGAGUUAAAAAUUGUGAAAUAAUAUUACAAUUUAAAAUAAAUGUUUUUUUAUAGAAU